AUGGGAACCAGAGUGUGGUGCUGUUUCAUGAUCAUUCUCUCUCUCACUGCUCUUUCAACGACAAUGGCAGAUCACAAUCUUCAAAAUUCGUCAAAGGAUGACAUCAAAUGCACCCCCUGCGGCCAGGUUCCCUCGCCGCCGCCACCCUCUCCGCCGCCGCCAGCUCCCACCACCACCUACUGCCCUCCGCCGCCGUCUCCUCCAAGCUCCGGCGGAAGCGGCCCUUACUAUUACUCCUCUCCGCCGCCCCCCUCUCAGUACACCUACUCCUCUCCACCACCACCAGCAUCCACCGGUGGCGGCGUGUAUUACUCGCCGCCGAAUAAGUACUACCCAACGCCGCCUCCACCGAACCCAAUUGUCCCUUAUUUUCCGUUUUACUACCACACCCCGCCGCCGCCGUCCACGGCGGCUCAUCCCCCGGCGCAAAGCUCGUUGGUCUCUGCAAUCUCGUUGUUACCUUUUCUAAUUGCGUUGCUUUGGUAG